GUGGACCGGCGGGUGUUGUCAGCGGGGCUCGUGUAAAGAUCUUAUAGACAGAACAUUUCCCCGGAUCUUUAACUCUCUCUCUGACAGUGUUGCGUGAUGCUGCGUGUUCUGCUGAUGCUCAACUGGACGACAGUGAAUGCGCUGCUGCAACAGUCGACACACGCAGCCGGCCUGCAGGAAGAUGCUGUGAAGCCGUUUAUUCAUCACUGUCGCUCACCAAACAUGGAGGAGUUCACGUGCUGGUGGUAUCCCCUGGAAAGUGAAGAUGGUGUCACCUACACGUACAUGUACAUUACAGGUGAUCGCGCUCCUCAGGAGUGUUCCGAUUAUGAGAGCGGCGGUCCGAACAGCUGCUUCUUUGACAGCAAACACACUCAGAUCUGGGAGCUGUACUGCAUGACCGUGACGGCACACACUCGCACGGGGCCGAUCACAUCACGGAAACACUGCCUCGAUGUGGCCGAUAUAGUGGAGACGGAUCCGCCCUUUAACCUGUCCUACACCGUUCUGAACAGCAGUGUUGGCGAGUCGGGUCGCACGGUUCUGUUGUCGUGGAUGUAUCCGAUCGCGUCUCAUGUGCAUCAGGGAUGGAUAACACUCGUUUAUGAGCUGCGUUACAGAAAACUCAAUCGACCAGAACACUGGAAGGUGAAGGAGCGUCUGCGUGAGUCUCAUCUGGAGUUGGAUCUGUCGGUGGGCAGUUAUGAGAUCAUGGUGCGCUGCAGAUCAACUAACAGUAAACACUGGAGCGCCUGGAGCCAAACACUCAACAUCACCAUCACUGCCUCACCACUGACCGAUUAUAUGUUGCCGUUCCUGCUCGGCACAGGUGUUGCUGUCCUGCUCUUCCUCAUCAUCGGUUUUGGGGUCAUUCCACGAGGAAAGAGAAUAAAAGCAUUUCUUCUGCCAACGAUUCCCAAACCACGCAUCAAAGGACUUGACCCAAUUCUGCUGGAGAAGGGGAAAAUCAGUGACAUCAAUCGUCAUUUCUCUCAUUUUCACGGCUAUAAACCGACGCAGAACUAUAUGGAGACGUGGUAUCAUGUGUGUGUAGACGCGGGUCCUGCCGUGGUGUCAAAAAGCUUCAUGCCGUACCAUAAAGACGUCAGAGGAAACCGCACGCCAUCCGUUCAGACUCCAGAAGUACAACAGUCCCAGACGAGCCACAAUGAUGAGCCGGAACAUCCCGGAUCCUACUGCGAAUGCUCUACGGAGGUGACCACGCCCACCGAAUAUACUUCAGGGGCAUGGCCAGAGCUGGGCCACACCCACUUGGAGCUUGUGUCCUUCCCAGGAAUAGGCUACAGCAUGAUUGUAAACCCCGCCCCUGCUGACAGCGCUGUGACGUCACCUGCCCCUCAGGACUUCUACACAUGUGUGAACAGGGUGACUGCCAGCGGAACAGUGCAGCUGGUGCCAUGUGUUCCUGACGUGCUCAAUCACACGCCCUACCUGCAGUUCAAAGAGGGACUGGAGGACGGCGUGGAGAAGUGCAGUCAGUUAGCGGCGCUGCUGGACAAACAGAUGGAGGCAAUGUGUAGCGCAGCCGCUGCAGGAGAGACGGAACAGAACGAAUGCGCUAAACCUUUAUUACCUCAUCCUUCAGACAGGAACUGCAAUUAACCAUCACCGCAAGAGAUCAUGGGAACACAUCUGUCGGACUGAAGAACAAAUGAUUCCCUGAGAAUAAACUUCAGUCUGAGCUGCUUUGAGUUCUGCACUUUUGCGUCUCGAGGACAUUUUUCUCAUUAAUCAACAAAAACAAAAACGAAAUCUUGUAUUUUUAUAUAUUUGUACUGGAAAAUAAGUCAUGGCACUGAUGGAGAACAUGAUUUACUGAGAGACUGCAGUGACUGUGUGGAACUGCAUCCAGAAGCAGAUAAUAACUUCAUAUUAUAACAUAUUGUUAUCAAAUUAUAUUAUUUACAAGCACACCAGAUGUGAAUAAUGUUCCAAAAUGCUCACAAACACUUAUACGCACAUUACAGGUGAAUAUAUUAUUUUAUUGAUUAGAUAUGCGCAUAAACAAUUUACCAAAUAUAUGUGAUGUAUAUGGCAAUAUACUGCAUCAAACAAGUCAAAUAUAUGAUCACUCAGAGAAUAUGAUCAGUAUCGUCACAUGUUGUCAUGGAAACGAUUGUUUACUGUAGCAAACAUAAUGUUCAUAUUCCAUAACUGUCAUAACUGUCAUAACUCGCGAGAACACUCGUGAAAUGUAGGAAAUGUUUCAUUUGCAUUAUUGUGUCUGUUGCGUUGGUCUUUAAAUGGUGUAAUUAGAGACGCGGAUGUAAACACGACUGCAUCAUGUUGCAUUAUAUUGAGAGAGCCGCGUGUCAUGAGGAGCUGUGCAGUCUGACGACUUAUUAUGAACUCAACAAAUGCAUUUGGAUAUAUAUUUACACAUUAUCAAACUAUUAUUUGUCAAUGUUUAAUAUUUUAACCUGUUGAUACACAAUCGCCUGCAUGCGGUGGUGAUGUCACUCUGCUAACGUUUAAUAUAUAAUUUACCGUCUAUAAAUGUAAUUUAUGUUAACAGAUGAUACAUCUUUUCUAAGGUCUAAGGGUUCAACAUUGGAUCUCUGUUUCACGAUAGCAAUCCUCCAGAAACAGUGAUUGAGUUAUUUGUGCAGGAGUACAAAUGAAAACAUGCGAUAUCAAAACGGGACUUUUAUUAUGAAAACAGGAUCGCCAGAUGAAUGCAGUUCAACACACUUGGGUCAAUCGUCCAUGACAAGCGUUCAUUAAAAACAUCCAAUCGCACUUUUUGUCCAUAAAAGUGAUAAAUGUGAGAAAUAUUGAUAUAUUCUCCAUGUUUACAUGAGAUCUCACCUUCGUCUGAUAUAUUAGAGUCUCAUAAACAAAACCAGCCCGUCUCCAAAGUCUGUUUAUAAAAAUGUGGCGUAGUUUUAUUCAUAAUAGUCGAGCAGUGCCGUCAGAUUUAGUGUCGACUUGAGAGGCGGAGCUUAAUUUUACUCUGAACACUUCCAGAGAUUUUACAGACAUUAAAGCUGCAGGAACUCAUUUAUUAUUAAAUCAUCUUCAGAUUAGAAACGAAACUUCUUUAGACUCGUGACUUUGAGAACAUUGUAUUUCUGGGGUGUCUUGACACUUUUAUUAUUGUUUUAUUAGAUUAUAAAAACAUGUUCAGCACAAAAUAUGUCCAUUACUAUAAACUUCAGCUUCUCUAACUUUAAUAAAUAACAACAUAUAUUAAUUGUGAAACUUGUGAAAUGAAGCCCAAAGUGUCUCUUUCAAACGACACUACAACUGUGUCCAAACUCCAAAGGGUCCCGUAAAUACAACCAUUUCAGUUCAGGUCAUUGUCAUGGUUUGUGCGCAGAAAGGGGCGUUCAACAACAGGUUAAAUAACUUGAAGUGUUUCUGCAGUUAAUGUCAUUAUGCUGCAGUCAAACCUGAUCAUGAUGUUACAAACAGAAAACACAACAAACAUUUUUACCAAUAAUUUAUUUCAAACAUAAACAUUUUAUAAUUAAAAGUAAAUGCAUAAAAAUGUCAGGAAAAUAAAUAUCAAGAAACACAAAUGAACUGCAAAAUUAAAAAAAAUGUUACAAUAGAAGAACUGUGUGUGUGUGUGUGUGUGUGUGUGUGAGGUCAGUGUGUGUGUGUGUGUGUGUGUGUGUGUGUGUGAGGUCAGUGUGUGUGUGUGUGUGUGUGUGUGUGUGUGAGGUCAGUGUGUGUGUGUGUGUGUGUGUGUGUGUGUGUGUGAGGUCAGUGUGUGUGUGUGUGUGUGUGCAUGUGUGUGUGUGCAUGUGAGUGUGUGAGGUCAGUGUGAGUGUGUGUGUGCAUGUGUGUGUGUGCAUGUGUGUGUGUGCAUGUGAGUGUGUGUGUGUGUGCGCGUGUGCGUGUGUGAGCGUGAGGUGAGUGUGUGUGUGCAUGUGAGUGUGUGUGUGUGUGUGUGUGUGUGUGUGUGUGUGUGUGUGUGUGCAUGUGAGUGUGUGUGUGCGUGAGGUCUGUGUGUGUGUGUGUGUGUGUGUGUGUGUGUGAGAGAGAGUGUGUGUGAGUGUGUGUGUGUGUGUGUGUGAGAGAGAGAGUGUGUGUGUGUGUGUGUGAGUGUGUGUGUGCAUGUGAGUGUGUGUGUGUGUGUGUGUGUGUGCAUGUGAGUGUGUGUGUGUGUGUGUGUGUGUGUGCAUGUGAGUGUGUGUGUGUGCAUGUGAGUGUGCAUGUGAGUGUGCAUGUGUGUGCGUGAGGUCAGUGUGUGUGUGUGUGUGUGUGCAUGUGAGUGUGCGUGAGGUCAGUGUGUGUGUGUGUGUGUGUGUGUGUGUGUGUGUGCAUGUGAGUGUGUGUGUGUGCAUGUGAGUGUGAGUGUGCAUGUGUGUGCGUGAGGUCAGUGUGUGUGUGUGUGCGUGUGUGUGUGUGCGUGAGGUCAGUGUGUGUGUGUGUGUGUGUGUGUGUGUGUGUGUGCGUGUGGUCAGUGUGUGUGUGUGUGAGUGUGUGUGUGCGUGAGGUCAGUGUGUGUGUGUGUGUGUGUGUGUUCUGCUAUGAGUCUCACCCUGUAAUGUCUGUUUUCAGUUGAAGAUGAAUAUCUAGAUUUCACAUCAACUCAAAGUCUUUUCUAAAAUAGUUUGUGAAUAUCAACCAAUUAUUUCAAUGCAGUAAACCACAUGCGAGUCCCUGUUUAAAUCCUCAUGAACUGCACCGUAAUACAGACCUAGUACAUAGAUCCCAGGAUAAUCACUGCUGUGAAGAUGCAUUUUCAUACACAAUCAUUUAUGCAGCAGAUUUCAGGAAAUGUUCAAAGGAGACUCAAACACUCAGACCUUAAAGAUGAUGUAAUCCAGGACAGACGUGCAGUGGUCCUUCAGAUAUUACUCAUGAUUUAUUUACUAGAUCCCGUGUGUAUGCAACGCCACACCAAAGACAAUCAUCCCUCAUGAACACGUCACUAUAAGAGUAUUUUUCUAGAGACAGUAAAUGCUGAAAAUGAUUGUGUACAAAAAAACUAUAAAUCUGAUGAUGUAAAUGUUGUUGUAACAGCGGUGUGUCGUUUGAUUGAGUGGUGAUGUCAUGAAUGUAACCCCCCCACACACACACACACACACACACACACAAACACAACAUUUCACUGGAUUAUAAUGAACAAUAGUUAUCAUUCACAAUGUGUGUGUGUGUGCGUGUGUGCGUGUGUUUGAGAGAGACUGCAGCACUGUGUUAUUUGUACAACACUUGUUUUCCUGUCACACAUUCUCUGUGUCUGUUCACCUUCAGCUUUGAUGUUCUGUUGAUUUCUAAUUAUAAUCAAUGAUUAAUUGUUGUUUAGUGUGUUUGUUUGUGUGUUGUUCUUCAGUGUGUGUGUGUGUGCCUUCACUGGUGUGUGAUUCUCCUGUUUUACACAUGUAGAAAAACACUUUAAAAACACUGUUAAACCUGCUGAUAUAUUUAAGUAUAUAUAUAUUAAGCAUCAUAAAGAUCACAGAUGAACUGAGAACUUCAGUAUAUAUUCUACAUAUAUGUUUUGUACACUAGAUUAUUUUUGUGUUUUGUGUAGAUCAGUCUUGUUUACAUUUCUCAUCUGUGUCAUUAAUAAAACCGAUGAGCUGAAAGUAAAAUCUCACCUUCAAACAUUUGUGUUGAACACUUAAACUUUUAUUAAAUGCAAUAAAUGUGAUUAUUUAGGCUUAUUGCUGUUGUG